UCUGCAGCAUUUGGCCCGUCGUGAAGUCUCGUAGCUUACAGUGCAACGGUUAUAUUUUACCCUAUUCUGAGUUGUUGCAGUCUUGAAGCCAACAGCCAUGGCUCUGUGCGGGGGUGUCGGAGCCUUGGCUUUACCCAGUGAGCUUAUUGUUCACAUAUUUUCCUUUUUGUCAGAUCGAGACAAGCUUCGGGCCUCGGCCGUAUGUUCUCGCUGGAGGGAGUGUCUGUUUUACCCAGCGUUGUGGACAGAGCUGAAGUUGCGUGUCGGUGGAGGGACGAAUGGAGGUGGCUCUGGAUCAGAGGAGACCCCAAGAUUAGAAUUCCUCAUGCGCAAGUUUGGUUCCUUUGUACGUGAGCUGCAGCUGGAGUUCGCACCAGUGGAUGGGUACCUAAGCCCAUUGCAAGCAAUGGAGGGCAGAAUGGAACCUGUGGAGAGUGACCCACAGUUUUCUGACCGCUGGAAAGAUGCUAUGAUCACCUAUUUGGACCAGGUGCUAUGUGUACUUCGCAGUCUUCGAAACAACAGAUAUCUCCAAAGGUUGAGUCUCUAUGGCGAUACCUGCAUUCUCCAGGAUGAGGGUAUAUUUGACAGCUCCUAUCUCCACCAUGUUGACCAGGGAAGCAAAAAAAUCAAAGAGAUCCAGCUGCUCUUUGAGGAGAUCCUGUCCAACAGUAGGCAAAUGAAGUGGCUCUCCUCCGCCUUCAUGCUGGGCGUGGUGACUCCCUGCUCCUUGGCCUCACUCUCCAACCCCAGUGCCACAUCCCUGGGGCACCUCAGCCUGCUGGACAACCAGCUUCCUAGCCUCCUGGUCCCCGUGGAGCUGGAGCGUCUCGUCAACCUGCGCUCGCUGGCCCUCGACUUCUGCGACUUCUCCUCCGCCAUGUGCUGCCUGCUGGCGGGCCAGGAUCGCGCCCCGCUGCACCGCCUCUCGCUCCUGCUCAACGGCGCCGCCCUGGAGGCCAAGCCGCUGAACGGCACGGCCGGCGAGGACGACUGGAAGGCGCUGGUGCGACGCAGCAGCAACCUGCGCGUCUACCUGAUGGCGCUGGACGUGGGCAGCCAGGAUCUGCUGCGCGUGCUCAAGCCCAGCAUGCCUCUGGAGCGCAUCCACCUGGACAGCUACAGCGCGCCCGUGACGGACGGCGCCGUGGAGCUCAUCUCGCAGCAGUACCACAAGACGCUCAGCCACUUCGUGCUGAUGCGCGACGACGCCGGCUUCCCCGACCUCAGCGUCAACCGCAACGAGGACCCGCUGGUGCUCCUGGCCUGGCGCUGUGUCCACCUGGCUGUGCUUAUCAUCCACGGCUACACGGUGUGGUCCCACAACCUGGUUGCCAUCUCGCGCUUGCGCGGCUCCAACUUGAAGGUGCUCGCUGUUUCCGAGGAGAGCAUCGACUUCGACCCGGACCAGUCGGUGUUCAUCGAGGGCGACCCCGUCCACAACCUGGUGAAGGAGGUCUCCCUGGGCCUGGGACGCGUGUGGCACCCUUCCCUGGACACCAGCGUGGUCCUCAGCGAGCCCACCCAGCACUUCCACCGCGAGAUGCAGCGCUUCAGCGAGGGCAUCUGAACGCCCCCCCGCCCGUCGCCAACGCAUGUGCGCUCGUUCACCUGCAAGUCUUGCCUCUUCCCAUUUUUCUCUCUCCCACUUUCCUCCUUCUUCUCAAGUUCUCCUUCUCCCACACAAUGCCCAGUUACACCCUACCCCAACUCCCUCCCCUUGUACUUGAAGGUAGACCUUUCACCCUUAUUCUGUCCUGUUUUCGUUGAUGUAUUUUUUUUCCCUCUCCUUCGUUUUACUUGCGGGUUUCUUCUCAUUUUACGAUUAUGAUUUUUUUUCCCCUUCUCUCUCUCCUAUAGUGUGACAAAUAAUCCUUUAUAUGUGCUGUGUUUAUUCAGUAUUAGCACUAUAUUAAUAUCUCUCUGUAUAUCCUGCUCAUUAAUAGGAGAGUAUAGUUGGGUAUCGAUUUAGUAGCUAAUUGAGUGAAAGGUGAUGAGGGGCUCAAUGUUGUGUGUGCGUGUGUGUGUGCGUGUUUUUUUUUUUUUUCCUUUCUUUUUUGGAUACACUUAGAUUAGGAGUUCAUUGUACCGUGAGUUGUUUUUGUUUUGUAUUAUUUUAUUUUCUCUUUUCUUGCUUUAGACGCCUGUCUGACUUUUUCUUUUCAUUUCGUUUUUGUCGGAGAUUGGUGUUACCGUAUAGACAGAACAGAACCAUCACUUUUUAAUUUAUCUUGGCUCAUUUUGCGAGGACAAGAUCCUGUGAUCUUAUUUACACCCCCCUCCUUGAUUUAUUUCGAAGGGAGAUUAGUCUUCCGGGCCAAGGGUCAGUACCGAUGAACAGUUGCAAAGCUCCUUGCAGCCUUCCUCUCUGUUCAUCAGUCUUUUUUUGUAAGUGUUUCUUCUUCCUCUUUUUCUUUCAGAAGUGAUGUUGUUGAUGAUGAUGAUGAUGCUGAUGCUGACAUGUUAUUGUUGUAGUAGUAAUAGUUGUUGUCAUUGUUGGCUACAUUCGGGACUUAAGAUCCUGCUGGUUUUUCCUCAACCUGGAAAUUCAGUAGAUAAACAGGUCUGCUGGUGGAAGAGAAAAACAACACAUACACACACAAACAUACGUACACGAUAGUGGAGGGUUUCAAACUCCUGCGCACUGCAAGCCCUUCCCAGCACUUUACCUAUGGGGGCUAAGUGUUAGCAGAGAACUAGCUGCAGGUUUCUCGCUCUCAAACAACAAAAGAAAGGAAUAAAUCCUCUGUCCGUCUCAGGUAGGCACAAACAGGACGAUGACAAAGAUCUAGAUGAUGAAGAUGAAUGAAACAAUCAGCUACUCUUGUCAGUUUUAUCUGUUCUUUUUAAAGUCACAGUUGCCUUGGAAACUCCCCUGUUGUUUUCAUUAUCAAAACUUUCUUGGAUUCAAUCAAUUCAAAACGUCACUUUUUGCCCAUUUCUCUCUCCACAGACCAGUCGUAGGGUAGACAUGAGUGUGUUGCACUGCUGUGUAGACGCAUGUUAAUAGAGUAAUCCUGUCUUGGUCGUCGCUGAGGGCAAAAUCGUGCAUGUGCUGGGUUGAAUCCAGGUCUAUGUUACAUCUGUGUGUUGUGCUUGUGUGUAUGCGAGUGAUGGCUAGAGGCGUUAAGUGUGUUCGCUUGUUCCAUAUCUCAGGAUUCCUGCACUGCGGUACUUUUUGUUUUCCUGUAAUGGCUUUUGUGAAAGCUGGUUGUGUUGAGGGAGCGCGGUUGGUUUAGACAUCCGAAACACAAAACGUGUCGAGGAAUUUUGAGGUGGUAGCAUGGCGAAGGAUAGAGGGGAAAAAUACGGAAGCUCUUCAAAAAGAGUGCUCUUCAGGGGGAUGUUUGUUUUUCUUUUAAGAGAAAAAAACGUCUCUUUCCCUCAUGGUUUCUCGGUUUACUACUUCUUGUUUUUUUUUUUUUUUACAAAGUUGUCAUCUUCAGUGUUGUAUGUGCUCAGUGCUUAUACCUGAGUUGUGCUGUCUCUCUUGCACGUGUUUGCUCUUUUUAAAAAAAACGAGAAGUUCAUAGUUGUGGGACAUAGUGGCGGUCGCUUGCCUAGUGUUAGAACGUGAAUGUGAAGCUCAAGCCUUUAUUUUAAAAAGAAGUGAGAAAAAGCCUCUUGCUCUUGCUAGAGGCUCCGUUACCCCCUCAACACCGUCAAUCAUCCCUCCAAUCCCUUGAUGAUUGCAUAUCUCCAGCCCCUGUCAGAGCAAAUCCACUUGGGCACAUGGCAGUGUUUGUUUUCAAGGGGAUGCCUUUAGGUCAAUGGCCUGUUUUCUUUUAGAGGCGGCAUCACCCUCAAGAUGAUGGUGGCCAAAGCCAGAGGAGCCGAUGCUGCCUCAACACUCCUGCGCUUGAAGAUCAGGUGUGAAAGAUGUUCGGAAUUUACCAAAGUGAGUACUUCCUGUAAGGAAGGAAGGUAUAAAACUUGUAUGCAGGUGUGUGAGGUGAGCGGGAAAGAGAGGUGUGUCUUCCCAAGAACUAGUGGCGUGAGAAUGCGGUUAGUGGAAGUCUAGCUGCGAAAUGACCACUGCAGUCAUCCAGUGAGGUUUUCCCUCACCUGUGGCACCCAUGUUGAAGGCCAAGUGCAAAUAUUCCUGUUGACAAACUUGCAUUUAUGUUCUUCUUGUGAAUUCCAGAAAAGAUGCAGGUUAAGAGGGGAAAUGUAUGCAAAGAGAGAAAUUGCAGUGAGUUCAUUAGAAAGCCCUGUUUCUAUUUUAGUACUACACCAAAAAAAGGACCUUUCAUUGAGAUUGUUCUAUAUUUUGAUCAGAAUAUUAUAUUUUGGUCAUUGCUGAUGAAGAGUGGCUAUAGACUGAAGGAUGAGGGAUGAGACUGUCUGUCGCUUGUUACAAUAUGUGAACUGCUAAUGCAUAAACUGCUACUCCAUCCUGUGCCUAAAACCCAGAAUAGCUUUCAUUUCAACCUCUCGUGUUCUCAAAGGUUUGUUAGUGGAGCUUAAGUCUAGAACAAGCAUUGGUCCAGAGUUACAAAGGUAAAAGCAUCAAGGAUUUUUUUUUCUUCUUUAUUUUCCGCUUUUUUGUGAAGAUUUCUUCUUGGUGUGCAUUUGCGUGUGUGUGCGUGUGUGUUUGUUUUAUUGUAAAAUUAUUCAAAAAGUGCAUACAUCAGCUAAGUGGUGAGUG